AGACACUGUAUUUUUCAGUUUAAAUAUUACAUUAGGUUUGGUUAGGUUUUUAUUUAGAUUUUGUAUUCAUCGUUUUCUUUGUUAUUAAGUUUUUUCCGCCCUCCUAUGUUCUCCAUCCCUAGUCUUUGUUAUAUUGUACUUGUUUUCCAUGGAAGUAACACAAUGAACUGGAUAAUUAGUGCUACAAUAUUCUUGUCAGUGUUAAAUGCUGCACUUUCUUUCAAUAUCGAUCCUGUGGCUUGGAAGACCCUGAGUAGCUCUGCUGCCGGUUUUGGCUACCAGGUGGUUCAAAGACAAUCAGAUUUGCUCGUCAGUGCCCCGCUUGAACAGGGGAAUGGGGGAAUAUAUAGCUGCACCACUUCUCCUCCAAAAUGUCAAGAUAUAAAACUAGAAGCCCCAGAUUUGACAGUUAAUGUGGCCCUUGGUUUGACAAUGAAAAGUGAUCCUACUGCAGAAAACACUGUGGUGUGUUGUCCAUCCAUCCCAAAGCACUGCAAAAGUGUCACCAUGUACAAUGGUGUGUGCUUUCAGAUAGACAGUUCUAAUAGAUUUGGACCACCGAUACCAUCUUCUCUUGAAGAGUGUGAAACACAAGUCGACCUUGCCUUUCUGUUGGAUGGUUCAGGCAGCGUAUCUGGUCCUGAUUUUCGAACAAUGAAGAAGUUUGUGAGAGAUCUAAUUGUAUCAUUUCUCUCAAGUGACACACAGUUUUCUGUUUCCCAGUUCUCCAGUUCCCCACAGAUUCAUUUUAACCUUCAAAAAUUUAACUUACCUGAAAUGGAGGAUAAAAUCAAUAGAAUUAAGCAACACACAGGACCUACUUUCACUGCUAAGGCCAUCAAAGAAGUUGUGGAAAAAGUUUUCAGCCCACAGAAAGGCUCCAGACCAAAUGUGAAGAAGGUCUUGAUUGUAAUUACUGAUGGAGCAUCUACUGACCGUGAGAACCUGGAAGAUGCAGUCCAGCAAGCAGAAAAUAAAACGAUUGCUCGAUUUGUUAUUGGGGUCGGGGAUGCAUUUGAUAAACCUGAAGCAAAACAAGAACUACACACCAUUGCAUCAUCUCCCUCAGAAAAACAUGUGUUUGAAGUGCAGAACUUUGACGCACUUGAAGAAAUAAGACAGAAUCUACAAGACAAAAUUUUUCCCAUUGAAGAAAGCAGUGGAGAGUCACUGAAAAUGGAAAUGUCUCAAGAGGGAUUUAGUACAGUUUAUGCACCUGAGGGAAUUCAGAUGUCUAUUGUUGGUGCAAACCAGUGGAGGGGAGGCUACGUGCAAUACACAGCAGGAGGCCAGAAGCUGAAAACAUAUGAGGGUGUGUCUUUGGAGCCUGACAGUUAUCUUGGUUACUCCAUGGCAAUUGCUAGAACCCAAAGUGGUUCUCUGACAGUUCUUGGUGCUCCAAGAUAUAAACACAGAGGAGUUGUGGUCGCUGUUAACAGAGAAAACUUUGAAAACCAAACGAUUGAGCCCUUUUCAUCACAGUAUCAGACUGGUGAAUAUUUCGGGGCAGAGGUGUGUACCAUGGACAUAAAUAAUGAUGACAUCACUGAUCUUAUCUUCAUAUCAGCCCCAAUGCAUAUGGAGCCUGAUAGAGAGGGAAGAGUUUAUGUUUGCAGAUUAACUGGUUUGUUUGUGGAGUGUAAUUUUGAUGAUCCAUUAGUACUAAGAGGACAUGCAGCUGUCAAAGGAAGGUUCGGCUCUUCUCUUGCUGUACUGCCUGAUCUAAACUCAGAUGGAUUCAGGGAUUUGGCAGUUGGAGCACCUUUGGAGAAUAAUGGUGAAGGCAGCAUCUACAUAUUCCACAGUGACGGAGGACGAAUCAGUCCUACUUACUCACAGAGAAUUACUGGCGCUGAGGUCCAGUCAGGACUGAAGUUCUUUGGAGUGACAAUCAGUCAGUUCUCUUUUGAUCAGAGCGGUGAUAAACUUCCUGACUUAGCGGUGGGUUCAAAGGGCACGGUUGUCUUACUGAGAUCAAGACCCAUAGUAAUGGUUGAAGCUGAGGUGUUAUUCAGCCCAAACCAAAUCCCUACUCAGAAUGUAAGCUGCUCAAAACCAUUGGAGAACACAGCUACAGUCUGCUUUACCAUGAGCAGAGUGUCUACAGUUGAUCAAGCUCAAGCAAGAAUUAAUUAUACUUUUACACUGGAUGCCACUCGCAAACCUCCAAACAACAGAGCUUAUAUUAGUGGGAAACAACGAGAGGAGUCUCGAUCAGUCAUUGUUGAUUUAAGAACACCAAACUGUUCAACUGUAAACUUCUUUAUUGAGGCCUGCCCAGACGAUGCUCUCAAUCAACUUUCCAAUGAGCUCAAAUUCACAUUUGACGGUUUUCCUUCCAACACAAGUCUCAGACCAAGUCUUGCUCAGCAGGCUCAAACAACAACCAUUUUUCCUUUAGGGUUUGAGAUAAACUGCGGCACUGACAACAAGUGUGUCGAUGAUCUAAAAGUGGAUUUCAACUUCACCAGAUCCUCAGAGGUUAAAGUGGGCAUGGAUGAGCUUUUGAAUGUCACAGUCUCAGUGGAGAACAGAGGAGAAAACUCCUACAACAGUCGUGUUAUUCUCACAUAUCCAGCUGGACUCUCCUACAGGAAGUUCACCAUUCAGCAGGGAAGAAUUGAGUGCAAGUCCUUGGACAGUGAAGAUGGUUUAUCACGAGGAAGGACAGACUGCACUAUUGACAAGCCAAUUUUUAAGAGCAAAACUGAGGCUUUCUUCAUUGUCUCCUAUGGCAUUGACACCAACAGUCAACUUAUGAGAAAGAUUUUUGUCACUGCAAAUGCCACCAGUGGAAAUCAGGAGAACACUACUACAAGUGAAAUCUACAAAAUGAAAGAGAUUGCUGUGAAAUACAGCAUUUUCAUGACAUUUGAAAACACCCUCAGCUACAGCAAUUUUUCUUUUGGGAUAAAUAAUUUGCAGAAACCAGUUCGACAAUCAGUCACGGUAACAAAUGAUAUCAGAGCGCUUAAUUUCACUGUGGUGAUCAGGGUUCCAGUGAAGCUUGGUGAAAAAGACAUUUGGGUGAAUUUGAGCAGCCUACAGAUUGCAGACUGUCAGAGAGGAAAUGAUGAAGAACCAAGUGUCAAAGAUUUUGUUCCAAAGAUACAAAAGGAUAAAGUGGUGGACUGCUCUGUAGCCGUGUGCAGAGUGUUCAAGUGCAACACAUUCAUGGGAAGACUGCAGAGUAGGACAUACCAAAUCUCUGCCAACCUCAGUUCAGGAUGGAUAGAGCAGAUUGGAAUUCAAUCUGCUAAAUUCCUCUUGACCAGUACAGCCACUGUGGAGUAUGACAAAGAACAAUACAUCUACUUUUCAACAGGGUCUAACAACAACCCUCCUGUUCGCAAGAUUGUAGCAGAGGUAGAAGUGUACCCUAAGCCAGAUUUCACUAAAGCCAUCAUUGGAGGAUGCCUGGGAGGGUUGGCUAUUCUGGCUUUACUCACUGCUGGCCUGUAUAAGGCUGGGUUUUUCAAGAGCAAAUAUAAACAGAUGAUGAAAGAAAGUGCAGAAGAUGGUCCAGGGAAUGAUGCAAGUGCACUCACAGCAGAAUAACAAAAUCACAUUUGUAGUUGUACAUUUACUGUAUAUGAAAAAAUUUAAGGCCCUUCUGAUAUUUUUCGGAAUGGACAGUGUGGGUAGCAAUGUCCAUACUACCACAUUUGAUUCACUCAACAAAAGAUAGCUUGUUGUGUUUGAAAUCACUCAUUUUCUUGCUCAUUUACUGUUAUCUAUAAUAGAGGCUCCUAGCUCUGUCCUUCCACUACCUUCAAAACUGGGUUAGAAAUGAAUGGAAACGAUCCCGAAUAUAUAUAUAUAUUUUUAUAAAUUAUUUUAUGUUCUCCUUCAGGAGCAGAAAACUGCUGAAAUUAAAUUAUCUGAGCAGAAAAAUACAAUUAUCAAUCAAUGGCUUAAACUUGAGACACCUGAGGACAAAGGAGACACAAAGUCUGAAUACUCAAAUAAAAUGGAUGAGAUUAAAUUGGCUUGUCUGUGAAAGUCCUGUGAUGCAUUAUGGUAGGAAGUGUCUUUUCAGAGUGAAGUUCAAUUUUUUUGAAGAAUCUUACUCUUACUGAUCUGAUCAACAAUAAAAUAUGUUUUGUCA